CCUUCCCCCCCUUCUUUCAUCCUUGGCAUUUGUGACAGUCUGCGCAUGAUCACGCCGAUGAUGGGGACUAGAUAAAAACAAAUCAUCCGCGGAAGACUGAGCUUGGGCCCUUCCUGAUUCACCUGGCCUGGGGCUGGGUAUUAUCUGUUGGUCCCCAUUGAUCGUAUGCUGUGCGAGGAGAGACAACAUCUGCAUACAAUACACCAUAGCAAGGUGUCCCGUGUUCCUUGUCCCAGCAAUUGAUCAUUCGGUCGGAAGCCCGGCAGCUGUAUAUCAUCGAGAUAUAAGAUCUCCUUAAAAAAGCUGCGGAUUUCUGACAAGCUCUUUUUUGUCUUCGUUCUUCCCGUUAUUCCCCCCAAUCGCGCUUUGGGAGCCACCAUAGCCAUGGCUUCCCAGCCUUCUACAAAUGCCCAAAAGGUGGGCCACGGGCUAGCAAAGGUCCUCGGUAUCAAACUCGAGAAGCCAGAUGCCGACCCCGUCACUCGCGGGGAGUCCACAUUCUCCACGGGUAGCGGUGACACCUUUGUCGAACAUGAGCCUAGCUCUAUUGAUUGGCUGGCGGAAUGCGUCCCCUCCGGUCGACAGGUUCUCAUGUUCAUUGUCAAUAUCUUCCCUUUCCUCCGUUGGCUCACCAGAUACAACGUCCAAUGGUUUCUCGGUGACCUUGUUGCUGGUGUCACGGUCGGAGCUGUUGUCGUUCCGCAGGGCAUGGCUUACGCAAAGCUUGCAGAAUUGCCUGUCGAAUUUGGUCUAUAUUCUUCGUUUAUGGGUGUCUUGGUUUACUGGUUCUUUGCCACUUCUAAGGAUAUCACUAUUGGGCCUGUCGCAGUCGUGUCCACGCUCGUUGGUCAUAUUAUAGUCAGAGUCCGUAUGGAACACCCGGAAUUCGAACCCCAUGUUAUCGCGUCUGCAUUUGGAGUCAUUUGCGGGGCGGUUGUGACCUUCGUUGGCCUCAUUCGAUGCGGGUGGCUGGUCGAUUUCAUUCCGUUGACCGCAAUCUCCGCCUUCAUGACUGGAUCUGCGUUAAGCAUUUCCUCUGGUCAGGUUCCAUCUAUGCUGGGAAUUACCACCUUCAACACCAGAGAUUCGACGUAUAAGCUCAUCAUAAACACUUUGAAACAUCUCGGUGACACAAAGAUCGACGCUGCCAUGGGCCUAUCAGCUUUGUUUAUUCUCUACGCCGUUCGCUCUGGCUGCACGUAUUGUGCUCGAAAAUAUCCGUCUCGCGCUAAGCUAUGGUUCUUUCUCGCGACCCUUCGCACUGUGAUUGUUAUUCUCUUCUAUACUGGAGUUAGCGCGGGUGUUAAUAUUCACCGACGCGAUAACCCGCGGUUUAGAAUAUUGGGAACCGUUCCUAGAGGAUUCCAACAUGCUGCAGUACCCGAUCUUAACCCAGGAUUGCUUUCAGCUUUUUCCGGAGAUAUCCCCGCCGGUGUAAUUGUUCUACUGAUCGAGCAUAUUGCCAUCUCCAAAUCUUUCGGAAGAAUUAAUAACUAUACGAUCGAUCCAUCCCAGGAGCUCAUUGGCAUUGGUGUCACAAACCUUCUUGGACCGUUCCUCGGUGGCUAUCCCGCAACUGGAUCCUUUUCCAGAACUGCAAUCCAGUCUAAGGCCGGUGUGCGUACACCAUUUGGAGGCGUUAUCACAGCUAUGGUCGUCCUGCUCGCCAUCUAUGCCCUUCCACCAGUCUUUUUCUAUAUCCCGAAUUCGUCUCUAUCUGCGGUGAUUAUCCACGCUGUUGGUGAUCUGAUCACCCCACCCAACACAGUGUAUCAGUUCUGGAGGGUUUCUCCUCUUGAGGUCGUGGUUUUCUUUGCCGGUGUUUUCGUCAUGGUGUUUACAAACAUUGAGAACGGAAUCUACACGACGGUCUGCAUGUCCCUCGCAAUCCUUCUCUUCCGUCUCGUCAAGGCUCAGGGUCAGUUCCUUGGCAGAGUGAAGGUUCAUACCGUUGUCGGAGACCAUCUGGCAGAUAGUGAUGGGAAAUACAAUGGAUGGGGCGCUGAGACGGGUCCCAGGAGCUCUGCAUUUAGAAAUAUCUUCCUUCCCAUCAGCCAUGCGGAUGGCUCGAACCCCGAGAUUGAAGUGGGGCAGCCAUACCCCGGCGUCUUCAUUUAUCGGUUCUCUGAAGGAUUCAACUAUCCCAGCGUUAACCACUACCUUGACCACCUUGUCUCUACGAUUUACAAGAAUACGAGACGAACAAAUCCGAAUAGCUACAGCCGGCCCGGUGACAGACCAUGGAACAUGCCCGGCCCUCGCAGAGGCCAGUCUGAGGAGGAUCGUUCCCAUCUACCAACUCUCAAGGCUGUGAUCCUCGAUUUCUCCACAGUCAACAACGUUGACGUAACAUCGGUUCAGAACCUCAUCGAUGUCCGCAACCAGCUCGACCUCUACGCAUCGCCUCAGCCCGUCCACUGGCACUUCGCACACCUCAACAAUCGAUGGACGAAGCGAGCCCUCGCUUCCGCUGGAUUUGGCUUCCAUACUCCCACCGCCAAUUCAGGUGCUACGAGAUGGAAGCCCAUCUUCAGCGUUGCCAACCUGGAAGGCAACGCCUCCGCAGCCGCACACGCCGAGUUCCUGGAUAAUGAGCGCGAGAACGGCCACGCAGUGUCUUCGAAACAUGAUAUCGAAUCACCAGCCACGGAUAGCGCCACUUCUACCAUUCAACGAGCUGGAGGCGUCAUUGGCGCUAAGAAUAGCAGCUCUGUGUCUGUGAUCGAGAAGGAACUGGUCACGGCCACGGAGUACGCGAAGCACAGGAUGACAGUUGUAAAUGGGGUGAACAGACCACUCUUCCAUGCUGACCUGACGAGCGCUCUGCAAAGCGCUAUUGCCAAUGCUGCUUCUAUGACAUAAUGAUGUCUUGUGCUUUUGUUUUGGUUCUUUUCUUUUUUUCUUGCAGUCAUGACGGUCUAUAAAAAGACUUAACUAGCGCUGGGUGGGAACCUUUCUUUCCCCUUGUUUCCUUUCUUUUCCUGUCAUUAUAGAUUUAAGUCUUGGUGAGACACCAGGGUGUAAAAUGAAUUUUUGGGCUCAUUGACUCAAUGCAUCCUCCUGAGUCCUUUUUUGCUGAAGCAUUCAUCGUUUUCGUUUGGAGCAUAAAAUGCCAUGUUAGAGCUAUAAACUUGCUACAAUGUACUGUUUAGACAUCCGUUCACUGUCGGAA